UGUGUACCCUUAGGCACGUUUGGCUCCAGAGCAAGGGACCCAGCCAGCUAGUGGUAACCAGCGGCAUUUAAGUCCUACCCCCAACAGGAUCCCAGUGGCUAUCCAGAAAAACCUUGAGGAUGAGCAGAGAUAGGAUAAUUACCCCUCCUUACGAAAGAGAAAGCGGAGGCUUGGAACAUUCCCUGAGGGUUCAGGCAGCAAAGCAGGUCUCCUCCCUCAGUGCCAGUGGGUGUUUGCAUUUUCUGCUUAUCAUUGGCUUGAUCUAGGCUCAGGCACCUUAUGGGAUUUUGAAGUGAUUUUGUGUAGAGGCAUUUUUAAAAUGGGGAAUAAUUAUUUUUAGUGUAUGUAGUAUAUAUGUAAGUCUUCUAAAGUAGUUUAUCACAGGUUCUUGAUUCAAACUUUCAGUUUGUUAACUCUGCUAAAUUACACUGAUGAUCAGAGUGUUACAAUAGAAUAUAUUUCCUUCCCCAUGAAAAAGAAUGAGAUACUGCAGGUAAGGAGAGAAACUGUGAAUAGGGUGACCUGUUUUCAAUGAGCGUGACUUUUUGGAAUCGUGACUUUAAGGUCUGACUUUGUUAAUGCCUGCACUUUAAAAAGUGAUACAAACACGUCAAGGUCCUAUCCAGAACUUUUAAGUUGCCAACUUGGGCGCACCAGUCUCCUGAAUAAACAAGCUUAUAACUCACCCGCUAUUUAAAAGUGAAUUAAUGAAGGCCACUGUCAGACGUCUACCCUGCCUCCCUCCCUCCUGCUUUCUCUGUUGCUGUCCUUUUUUGUUACUGUGGUGGUUUAACAUCUUGACUCAUUUAUUUGCAAUCAUGCUGUGAAAACUGCACCUCCCAGGUACAAAUGUACCUUCCCUGCUCUGUUCUUCACCCACAGACGGCCAAGUGAAGUUCCUCUAAAAUUCUUCACUUAAGCUGAGCCUUCAGCACUAAGCAUUUGGUAGGGAUGGAAGGAGAGUUCUAGAAAUCAGAUCACGUUUACACGACCUGUCUGCCUGUCUUGUACAGGGCUGGUCCUUAGAAUCACUGACUGGCUGGACCUCACUGCUGUCCUUGGUUCACAAGAGGGUAAUGCAGGAUUGGCCCUGGGGGACCCAAGCCAAGAGCCCCACAGGGGCUGCCCUGAGAAGCUGACCUUCACCCCAUGGUGUGGUGUUUCUGGAACAGGAGCUGACCCUUGGUGUCAGAACAGGCGUCUUGGCAUCUAAAGUAUGAAGGAGCAGUGUGAUUUCAACUGGCCGCUUUCUUCCUCAGUGCCAAGGACGCGAUGCGGCUGGAAUCUUGACGGCCAGAGGAUUUUGUAAUCUGGCUGAUGAGAGGUCCUCGUUGGGCUCCCGGGGGCAGCGACUCAUUUCCUGUCUGCCUAGGCAGCUGCCCUCUUCCCGGAACCCCGGGUGUGAGCUCAGUUAGGCCCCUGGGCCAGCGGGGGGUGUCAGGCUUCCUCCCCAACAUCGCAGACCUCCUGUGUACACACGCUCCAGGUGACCAAGACGUGGAGUCAGCAGUGACAUGGGCCACCUCUGUGCCUGGUUCCUCAGAGACUGUGGGGUUUUGGGCAACUUGGCGGGAAAAGGCAGGGCGGGAGCAGUUCCAUGGCCUGGGCUCCAUGUACUGCCGGGGGGCGGCCGCUGUCAUCCUCACCUACGACGUGAACCACGCCCAGAGCCUGCUGGAGCUGGAGGACAGGUUCCUGGGCCUGACGGACACAGCCAGGGCCGACUGCCUCUUCGCCAUUGUGGGGAACAAGGUGGACCUGAGCGAGGACGGGCCCGGGGAGAGCCGGCAGGAGGGAGGGGGGCGGCCCCGGGCCGGCCGGCUGUGGCUGCUCAGACCCCAGGGAGCAGUGGACCAAGGCACAUCACAUGCAGACAAGACGGUGACCGUCCCACGUGGGCAGUGGCACAUUACGGGGUAA